GCACAGUCUGGGCUGGGUCUGCCUGCUGCUUACAAGGAGAGGCGCUCCUCUAUUCAUGGUGGUGCUGUGAUAACUGGAGCUCUUUUUUUUUUCUUCCAUCCCUUUCCCCCUCUUUUUUUUUUCACGUUGCACAGAAAGGCUCAUGUCUGUCUCCUAGACAUGAUGUUCCCGGUGCAUUUAAGGACCUUUCUUCUUCUGGUCUCUCAGGUUUUGAUUGUGACAUGUCAGGAAGGAGCAGGCGAAGGCGAGCUGAGCUGCUCAUCAGACGGUCAGACGUACAUGAACAAUGACAUCUGGAAGCCGGACCCCUGCCGGAUCUGCGUUUGUGACGGCGGUAAAGUCCUCUGCGAUGAAAUCAGCUGCAACGAGCUGACCAACUGUGAGAAGGUGUACAUCCCGGAGGGCGAGUGCUGCCCGAUGUGUCAGGGAGAUUCGUCCAGCGGUGGAGGUGGAGGUGGAGGUGGCGGCGUUUACAAGGGUCAGAAGGGAGAACCUGGAGAAGUUCCACUUGUGACGGGGAUCAGAGGCCGCCCAGGACCGAUGGGACCUCCCGGCUCGCCUGGAUUUAGAGGAGACCGUGGGCACAAAGGAAGACCUGGGCUGCGGGGCCCUCCGGGUUAUGAUGGUGAGCCGGGUAUACCAGGUCAGCCUGGUGAGGCGGGUCCUCCAGGUCCUCCAACCCACCCAGGGGGUUUGGGAUCCCAAAUGGCUCACGGAUUUGAUUCAAAAACAGGACCUCAAGCCAUGCUGAAUGGUGCCCGGGGGGAAGCUGGAACAAGAGGACCCCCUGGGCCAAAUGGAUCUCCUGGUCAGUCUGGUCCACAAGGGCCCCCUGGAGAUGUUGGUGAUCCAGGACACAUGGGUUCUCCUGGACAAAGAGGACCUGAGGGCCCAUCAGGAAAAGCAGGCGAAGAUGGAGAAGCAGGAAACGCAGGAAACUCUGGAGAAGUUGGAUUUCCUGGAUCAUCUGGGCCGAGAGGUUUCCCUGGCACACCUGGGCCUCCUGGUCUGAAGGGUCACAGAGGUCACGGGGGAAUAAUUGGCCAAAAAGGUGAAACUGGAACUCUUGGGUCCAAGGGUUCUACUGGGCCUCCUGGUCCAAUGGGAGGACCUGGUCCCAUGGGUCCUGCUGGGAUGCCAGGUGAGAGAGGACGCCCUGGACCCAGCGGUGUAGCUGGUAAACGAGGUAUGCCUGGCAACAUCGGAAAACCUGGCCCACUGGGGCCCCUAGGUCUUAAUGGGCCACCUGGAUAUCCAGGAGCUCCGGGUAUGAAGGGGCAACCUGGUCCCACAGGAGUUCGAGGUCCAGAAGGCCCACAAGGGCAAAGAGGAGAGACAGGUCACCAAGGCAGAUCUGGACCAGUUGGACUCGGGGGCCCCAUGGGUACAGAUGGAGGUCCAGGUGCCAAAGGACCAGUGGGAAAUCUCGGCCCACAAGGUCCGGGAGGCCACCCUGGACCCUCUGGUCCACCAGGACCUCAGGGAAGCACCGGUCAGCCUGGUAUUAAAGGACAAGGGGGAGACAUCGGUGUUGCAGGUUUUAAAGGAGAGGCAGGACCCAAAGGAGAACCUGGUCCACCAGGCUCCCAGGGAGUGAUUGGACCUCAGGGUGAGGAAGGAAAGCGAGGAUUGCGUGGGGACCCUGGUUCUGUUGGCCCUCUGGGUCCAGUCGGUGAAAGAGGUUCUCCGGGUAACAGAGGUUUCCCCGGUGCUGACGGCCUGCCAGGACCCAAGGGUGCGCAAGGAGAUCGAGGAACUUCAGGUCCACCCGGGCCAAAAGGUUCUCUCGGAGACCUAGGACGUCCCGGAGAGCCUGGGCUACCAGGUGCAAGGGGUCUCACUGGUACCCCAGGAGUGCAGGGAGCAGAAGGCAAGCCAGGGCCACUGGGUGCUCCGGGUGAGGAUGGUCGCCCAGGCCCAGCAGGACCUAUUGGAAACCGAGGCCCUGCAGGAACCAUGGGAGUCCCGGGUCCUAAAGGUUUUAAUGGUGACCCAGGAAAAACGGGUGAGCUGGGAUCUCCAGGAGUGUCAGGUCAAAGAGGACCCCCAGGAAAAGAUGGAGAAGUUGGUCCUGCAGGGCCCCCUGGUCCACCUGGUCCUGCAGGAGACAGAGGAGAGCAAGGUCCCCCAGGUGUUAACGGAUUCCAGGGUUUGCCUGGAAACCUAGGCCCCCCUGGAGAACCUGGUAAACCAGGAGACCAAGGCAUUCCUGGAGAGAUUGGUCCUGUGGGUCAAAUUGGACCACGGGGGGAGCGAGGAAUUCCAGGAGAGAGAGGAGAUAUGGGUGCAACUGGUCUGCAGGGACCCAAAGGAAUUCCAGGUGCACCCGGUCCAGAUGGACCAAAGGGCAGCCCCGGUCCAACUGGUGCAGUGGGAGACGUAGGUCCACCUGGUCUUCAGGGAAUGCCAGGAGAAAGAGGAAUCUCUGGUCCUUCUGGGCCCAAGGGUGACAGAGGAGCGGUUGGUGAGAAGGGAUCUGAAGGUACACCCGGAAACGAUGGUGCGAGGGGAGCCCCUGGUCCUGUUGGCCCACUCGGACCUGCUGGGCCCAGUGGUGAAAAGGGUGAACCUGGACCCAAAGGACCAGCUGGUCCUCCAGGAUCUAGAGGAACUCCUGGAGCCAGAGGUGACCCUGGUCCAAUUGGAGCUGUUGGAUUUGCUGGACCCCCUGGUCCUGAUGGUCAACCUGGAGUCAAGGGAGAGCCUGGAGAGCCAGGCCAGAAAGGUGACGCUGGUUCUCCAGGACCUCAGGGUUUAGCUGGUGCUCAUGGACCUCCGGGUCCAACUGGUGUUUCUGGACUGAAAGGAGGAAGAGGAACGCAGGGUGCACCAGGUCCCACUGGUUUUCCUGGAUCUGCUGGAAAUGUUGGACCUCCAGGCCCACCUGGUCCAGUUGGAGAAGCUGGACCCCAGGGAGCCCCAGGAAAAGAAGGUCCUCCUGGACUCCGUGGUGAUCAUGGGUCUCCUGGACGACAAGGAGAGCGGGGACCUGCUGGACCACCAGGGAGCCCUGGAGACAAAGGUGAUGCUGGAGAGGACGGCCCCACGGGCCCCAAUGGUCCUCCAGGCCCAGCUGGAACCACAGGACAGAGAGGCAUUGUAGGUCUUCCCGGUCAGAGAGGAGAACGUGGGAUGCCGGGUCUUCCGGGGCCAGCGGGUCCUCCAGGAAAACAAGGAUCCACGGGAUCACCAGGAGAUAAGGGCCCCUCAGGUCCUGUUGGCGUUCCUGGUGCUAAUGGGCCUCGGGGUGAUCCUGGUCCAGAUGGUCCUGCAGGAUCUGAUGGUCCACCAGGAAAAGACGGCGUCCUCGGACAAAGGGGAGACCGAGGAGAUCAUGGUUCAGAGGGUUUGGUUGGACCACAAGGGCUUCCUGGCCCUCCUGGUCCUGUUGGUGCAUCAGGUGAUGCAGGAAAGAGAGGCGAGCCGGGCUCAAGAGGGCCCCAGGGUCCACCUGGAGCCGCUGGGAAAAGAGGAUUAGUGGGACCACAAGGACCAAGAGGAGAUAAAGGUGACCUGGGUGACCAUGGAGAGAGGGGUCAGAAAGGACACAGAGGCUACACCGGUCUGCAGGGUCUUCCUGGAUCUCCUGGCACAACCGGAGAGCAAGGAACGUCAGGAAUUGUUGGACCAAGUGGCCCAAGGGGUCCUCCUGGGCCUAUUGGACCUCCUGGGAAAGAGGGAUACAUGGGCCAGCCGGGGCCAAUGGGACCUCCAGGAACUCGUGGAUUCAGUGGAGAAAUUGGACCUCAGGGUCCCCCAGGAGAAGACGGCCCCCCAGGACUCCCAGGACCUCCAGGACCCCCAGUGGCAGCCAUGGAUGACCUUUUCGGCGGCCUGCACGAUUACGACUCUGGGCCGCCUCCUCCUCCAGAGUUCAGCGAAGACGAAGCUCUGCCCAACAGCAACUCCUCCAACGUCAUCGUGUCCGUCGACCCCAGCGUUCAGGCCACCCUGAAGGCGCUCAGCAGCCAGAUCGACAGCAUGAAGAGCCCCGAUGGAAGCAGGAAGCACCCUGCAAGGACCUGCGACGACCUGAAGAGAUGCUACCCCAUGAAGAAGAGCGGUGAGUACUGGGUGGAUCCAAACCAAGGCAGUGUAGAGGACGCCAUCCAAGUGCACUGCAACAUGGACACUGGGGAGACCUGCAUCUCUGCCAACCCAUCCAGCGUACCUCGUAAAGUGUGGUGGAGUUCCUCCAGGAACAAGCCCGUGUGGUUCGGAGCAGACAUCAACAGCGGGACACACUUCACUUACGGGAACAAAGAUCAGCCUGCGAACUCCGUCACCGUGCAGAUGACCUUCAUCCGUCUGCUCUCCAAAGAAGCAGCUCAGACCAUCACCUACCACUGCAAGAACUCUGUGGGCUACAAGGACGCCAAGACGGGCAACAUGAAGAAAGCUGUGAUCCUUAAAGGCUCCAACGAGCUGGAGCUCAAAGCAGAGGGCAACAACCGCUUCAGAUACACGGUGGUGGAGGACUCGUGCUCUCAAGCUAACGGCAACUGGGGCAAGACAGUGUUUGAGUACAGGACACAGAAAACUGCAAGACUUCCUAUUGUGGACAUUGCCCCUGUGGACAUUGGUGGCCCUAAUCAGGAGUUCGGUAUCGAUAUCGGGCCCGUGUGCUUCUUGUAGAGCCGGACACGUCAAGAGGAGACUGUUGAACUGACAGCUGACACGAUCAGCCAUCUUGUACAUACGAGUACGAGUACUUUGCCCCGCGGCAAAAUAUUUAUUGUCUUUACAUCCCAAGUCCAAGACGUCAAAGAUUUAGAACUUGAAUGGUUUUCAGACAAGUGGUAAAAAUCCGAAUCGCUCCCUCGAGUACGUUCGACUUUCAGCUUUACGCAUUGAAAAGUCUUGAUUUCACAACACUAAUUGUUCCCAUUAUACAAAAUCUUUAUUUGGAACUGUUGUUUUUAAGCCCAGAAGGGUUCAAAACAAACUAAUGUCCCACCGCUAGUAUUUCUUUAAUGAAUUUACAGAUUUAGUUUUUUUUAAUGUUUAAUUCUGACACUUUGUGGUGCUAUCGAGGAAGAAAAACAGAAACGUGAUGGAUGAGCUCUGAAGGCUGUACCGACCACCAGGAGGAUUAAACGCUCUGUUGAACGCUCGGCGUUAGCUACCUCGUCACCUGAACUGAGGAAACGGUGACGCUACAUGUACAUUUACUUUCCCGGGUGCUGUUUGAUUUUUAUUUUUUAAGUAGUGUGAUCACUUUUUGCUGGUACAGGGCAGAGUUUGGAGAUGCAAAUAAAGAUCUUUUUGUCAACCAUGGAGGGAUGAGUAAGAUGCUGUGUGCUGACUGAUGACAUUUUC